AGGGAUUGGCAGAGAGGGGUGGAGGACACUGAAUGGAGGUCAGUGGAGGGAUUGGCAGAGAGGGGUGGAGGACACUGAAUGGAGGUCAGUGGAGGGAUUGGCAGAGAGGGGUGGAGGACACUGAAUGGAGAGGGGUGGAGGACACUGAAUGGAGGGAUUGGCAGAGAGGGGUGGAGGACACUGAAUGGAGGGAUUGGCAGAGAGGGGUGGAGGACACUGAAUGGAGGUCAGUGGAGGGAUUGGCAAAGUGGGGUGGAGGACACUGAAUGGAGGUCAGUGGAGGGAUUGGCAGAGAGGGGUGGAGGACACUGAAUGGAGGCCAGUGGAGGGAUUGGCAGAGAGGGAUGGAGGACACUGAAUGGAGGCCAGUGGGGGGAUUGGCAGAGAGGGGUGGAGGACACUGAAUGGAGGUCAGUGGAGGGAUUGCCAGAGAGGGGUGGAGGACACUGAAUGGAGGUCAGUGGAGGGAUUGGCAGAGAGGGGUGGAGGAC